GAAUAUGCAUGUAGAUAAGAUUCUCAGGGUUGGAAAAGUUAUAAAAGAAGCAAGAUAUUUGUACAUCAAGUCAGGGAGAAAUUGGCCAGGAAAAGGGUGUUGCUAAAUCUAUGAAUAUCUUCAGUAUUGACCUACAAAGUGUGGCAACAGGAAAGAAAUGCGGAGACAGAUCACCAGCAUAUAUAUCAAUAAUCGGGGAAGAUAACAGCACCAUCUAUGAGACAUUUAUCAAACCUGAUCAUCCCGUAAUUUCAACCAUUGAGCCUUACACGGGAAUAAAGCAAUCUGAUCUAGAUGAUGCCCCAACAAUGGCAGAGGUCACUACAAAGGUCAAGGCUUAUUUUGGUGAACAUCCGACAGUUGUGGGUCAAGAUAGUUCAAAGUACUUUGGUGAAAAGUUAAUGGUAGCAUUUGGCCUGAAGAUGGAGAUAGAUUAUGCAUAUGUGUCCCUGAGUGAAUGGUUUAAAUACAACCACGGACCAGGGAAAAAAUUUCCCUAUCAGUACUUUACUCUGGAGAUAGAGCUAAAGGCAUUACUAGGCAAAGAGCUAAGCAAGGAGCUUGGAGCUAGAGGGAAGGCUUGCAUAGAGCUCUAUAAUGCCUACAAAGAGGUCAAGAGCUGACAAACUGCACCAAUGCAAUGUAUAUCUAUGCGUAGUAUGUCUGAGGUGUCGUUUGCAUCGCAACAUCCAGUCUAUGAAGGGGUGUGCCAAGGUCAUAUCGCGUCAGGACCUAGAGGGAGCAGUUGUCACUGUGGGAUGCGCACACGUGAAAACAGGAAGUGGUAACUUAUAUGUAUCAAAGAAAGUGCUGAGCAUACACGUAUCUAGAUUUUAAACAGUUGGAACUGUAUGCAUCAGGUAAUACUUAUAAAGUUGUCCCUCAUAUACGUAGUGCCUGCUGACCAAUAUGCUCAAAACACAUUGUUAUUGCAAAAUAACAGGUUACAGGUGCAAAUCCAGUGAAAUGGUUCUGAGUGCUAAGAGCUACAUCAUAUUGCUUUUGAUUAUCAAUGGUGCAUCCUUGGAACUUGAUAUUAGUAAUGGAAGUAAUCAGUCCUAACAUAUAAACAAAAAAGUGUGAAUGCAGGAUUGAAACAGUCUUGGUUCUUCACUAAUAGACUGAUGAAUGGCCUUAUACGUACAUGUAUAAGGGACAUUGCUUCCAAACAAUUGUUUUGUCGUUUUUGCCCUUUAUACUCUCUCUCAAUUAACACUCUCUUACCUUCAUUUUCUCAAUGGAAGACUU